AUGGGUAUCCUCGGAUUUGGCUAUGACCAUUGCUCUGAUGAUUACAAAUUGGCGAGAAUAACCGACUAUAGGAUCUAUGUAUAUUCACUGAGAAAUGGUUUUUGGAGAAAAGUUAAAGACUUUCCUGAGCAUUGUAUUCAUGAAGUUAUGGGUCAUACGACGCAGCUGAAUGGAGCCAUUCAUUGGCUUUAUUUCCGAUAUGACGCAGCUGAUUGGUAUUCUAGAUCAUUAGAGAUUGCUGCAUUUAGUUUGGCGGAUGAGAAACUGAGGAAGAUUCCAUUGCCUACUUCCUCCAACAAUUGCCAACUACUGGUGUUUGAAGGAUGCCUUUAUGUACAUAAUUUACAUGAUGCACUUUGGGUUAUGAAGGAAUAUGGGGUGUACAAGUCUUGGACUAAACUUGAUAUUAAAGUCCCAUUUAGAAAUACGUUGGAGCCAUUGGGUUUGUUGGGGAAUGAUGAAGUUCUGUUGUUAGAUCACAAUAGGUUUUCACAUGAGGUCUGGUGA